AUGCACCCGUGCGCAACCCAUACUAACCAUGCCCAUUACAGCCCGUGCCCCCCAUCCCGCGCCGCCUUCAUCGAGGCACUCACCGCGAACGUCGCAGCCGGCCACGUACUAACGAACCCCGCCGUCGCGAUCACAUUCCCCACGGACCCCGCACCCGCGUCCCAGCGCGCGCGCCUCGACGCCACCGCCGCGACGCUCCUCAACUUCUUCGGCCCAGCCGACGGCUGCCCGCUGCCCGCGCAGCUCCAGGGGCCGGCGCACGUCCCGCGCGCGCGCGUCCCCUCGAGACCCGCGAAGACGGCGGCGCCCGCGAAACCCGCAAAGCCCGCAAAGUCGACUGCGAGGCCCGUGAAGACGAAGGCGGCCCCGCCCGCGCUCCGGACGAGCGUGCCCCCGAAGCGCGCUGGGGCGGUCGACGCGCGGCUCGUGCCGGACUUUGGCGUGGCGAGGGGCGCGCGGCCGGAUGGGUUCGGGAACUGCAAGGGCGUGAACAACGUGAACAUCCCGUGUGCGUGCCCGCCGCCACGCGCGGAGUUCCUUUCUGCGCUGAACGCGAACGUCGCCGCCGGCCACGCGGUCAAGAACCCGGGCGUGAAGGUGGCGUUCCCGACGGGCAGCAGCAAGGCGGACCAGCAGGCACGGAUCGGCGCGCUGCUCGUGACGCUGCAGAACAUGCACGGGCCGGGCGUCGGGUGUCCCGCGGUGUCGACCGUGUAUGGGCAGCUGCAGCAGAAGAUCAACGCGCUCCCGAACUGA